AUCAACGAUAUAUCUUCGAUCGAGUUCCUUCCCAUUACGGUUGUCUAUUAGAGAAAACCCCUAAAAUCAUCAAUAUGGUAACUCGUGUACACUUCUUUUGCCUCUUGGCUCUCACCUUCACUCUAGCCUUGGAAGCUGAUCACAGUCCACUUCAGGAUUUCUGUGUGGCAGACACCAAAAGUCAAGUACUAGUAAAUGGAUUCUCUUGCAAAGACCCUACACUAGUAGAGGCUAAUGACUUCUUCUUCAGAGGACUUGACAUAGAGGGAAACACAUCAAACCCAGUAGGAUCCAAGGUGACUCCAGUUACAGUUUCACAGCUACCAGGACUAAACACUUUAGGCAUUUCACUUGCCCGCAUUGACUAUGCACCGUGGGGCACAAACCCUCCUCACACUCACCCUCGUGCCACCGAAAUCCUCAACGUGAUCCAAGGCACACUUGAAGUUGGUUUUGUGACAUCAAAUCCUGGAAACCGUCAUGUUACCAAAGUGCUGCAAAAGGGUGAUGUGUUUGUCUUCCCUGUGGGACUUGUGCACUACCAGAGAAAUGUGGGUUAUGGCAAUGCGGUUGCCGUUGCAGCUCUCAGCAGCCAAAACCCUGGGGUUAUAACUAUCGCUAAUGCUAUAUUCGGGGCCACGCCAGACAUUGCCAGUGAUGUUCUUGUCAAGGCUUUUCAAGUGGACAAAGAUGUUGUUGCUAAUUUAAAGUCCAAGUUCUAGGAUAUUAUAUGGAACAUGUUGAGUUUGUGUGUUUUCUUUUUUUGAAUUGCUGCAUUUGAUCAAUAGUUGUUGUGGUUUGUCGUUUGGAUUGGUUUAUUCAUUUGUAUUAUUAUAAUGUUCUACGGUCAACUUUUACUU